AUGCCGCGCUCGUCAUCGCUAGAUAGCCAGUUACGGCCUAUCUCUUCUGAUCUUGAUGGGAAAGAGUUUGUACCCCUCGACGCUCUAGAGAAGGCGAUAACCAAGCCAAAUGUCGCAUCCGAGUUGAGCCGAACAAACAGUUUUCUCGCCCGAAUCUUGCCAAGUAUCGCGCGGCCCGAUGUAUCUAGCAGGAUAACAGCGCAAGCUCGGAAGGUUUUUGCGAUCCUGGUACUCCUGGACAGGGCUACCGCCAUACAGGGGUUGCUUGAUGAAGGCCUCACAGAUGAGCAUCUCCCGCUCUCCCGGAGCCCGGAUCAUGAGGCCCUCGUAUCAUGGGAUGGAGUCGAAUUCCCCUUCACAGGUUGGAAACCCGCCUCGGUCAACCUCUUUGUAAAACAACAAUGGCCGUUUCUAGCGCCCAUUCUGGAUACCACUGGCAGGCUCAUUAACGUCAACCAAGAAUCACCUCUGCCGUUCACGAAGACCGACAUUAUUGGAAGCGGCGCGGCUGGCGUUGUCUAUCAGGCAACUGUUCAUCCAGCACAACAGCGAGGAUUCGAGGCGGAGACGGCUAGACUUCAAGUUGCGGUAAAACAGUUUCAUCGUAUGGAUGAUUUCACCACGGAGGACAAGAUCUUGCAGCAGAUCAAAACUCUUAAGGAUCGCCACAUCAUCCGACAUCUGGUCAGCAUCGAGAGAGGCAAAAAAGGGUACAUCGUCUUCCCAUGGGCUGAUCGCGGAAACCUCCAGGAGUUCUGGGAGGCUACAGAACCAGAAACCACUUGGGAGUGCGCUCUUUGGUCCAUGAAACAAAUGCUGGGUCUCGCCAAGGCUCUUCACCUGCUCCAUGCUAGCUUUCAGUGUCGCCAUGGUGACCUUAAGCCUAUCAACAUCCUCUGCAUCACAGAUGGUGGCAAGCCAGUCUUGAAAAUCGCCGACUUUGGCAUUUCAAGGAUCCAUGACGCCCCGACCAUGUACAGAAAGUCGGCGACGACAAGUCUCUUCCUCACACCUUCAUACCAGGCUCCAGAAGUGGAAUUUGAGGAUGCCGAUAAAAAGAACCCGCAGCCGAGGUCCCGCAGAUACGACAUCUGGUCUCUGGGCUGCGUUUUCUUAGAGUUCUCAAUCUGGUUGUUGCAUGGCCCCAAGGCCAUUGAGGGAUUUGCUCGGACAAGAGGGCGUUAUGGCACAUCCUCUACCAAUUCUUCGGUCCCUCUAUACGAAGUCACCGACAAAGCCGCCAAGGUUGCUAUAGUUCACCAACUUGUGUCUUGGACGAUAGAGAGACUCCAGAAUGACACACGCUGCAAGGGGGAUACUGCAUUGGCAACCCUUCUCAGUCUCAUCAAGGAUCAAAUGCUUCAGCCCAAAGUGGAGGACCGCGCAUGGGCUGAGGGCGUUGGCAAGCAGCUUGAGGAAAUCGUGCGGAAGGCGGAGAACCAUGAGCCAUAUCUCUUCCGUUCCUGUGAUGGGCUCUCUAUCCCUUUGCUUAAUUUUGAUGAGUUUCAGUCAACGAUGAACUCAUAG